AUGAUAAAGAAAUUUCAGCGGUUACAUAUAUACAUAGAACAUUAUUUACAUCCCACACCUAAAAGAUUAACACGUAAAGCGCGAGAUUGUCUUAGGGGAGCAUAUUUUCGAGAAGAAAUAGAACAUGAUAUUGUAAUCGCCGAAGCAUAUUUAAAAAGAGCCAUUGAAUUAGCUAUUGAUCAAGGAUUAGCUAUUGAUGAUCCAGUAAUUAUAGAUAUUUGGUUACGUAUUGCAUAUAAUCAUGUUUGGGCGAAUAAAUUUGAUGAAGCUAUUACGGUUUAUCGAUCAGUAUUUGAAAUGUUAUUAUCAAAAUUCGGAAAUAAAAAUAAUGAGAAUAAUAAUAAAAAUUAUAAAGACGAGAGAUUAGAAAAUUUAAAGAAAGCAAUUUAUGUAGCAAAGAAAUUAAGUGAUUUAUAUAUUAGGGUACAAGAAUAUGAUAUCGCGGAAAAAUAUAUCAGUUGGAGAAUUUUGAGAUUACAAGCGUUAUUACAAGGGAAUAACGAUAUUCCAGAAGAAGAAUAUAAUAUUUCAGAAGAAUAUCCAACAGAAGAAUUAAAUAUAACAUCAACAAUUUUUGAAAAUACAAAAAUGAUUAAUAAAGAAUACAUCGCAUCAAUAAUAAUGAGUCACUUAGGAGAAGUAUUUUAUGGAUUAGGGAAACAAAAUGAAGCAUUAGGAUGGAUGCAGCAAGGAUUAAAUAUAACCAAGAAUGGAAGUGGAAUUAAAAAUUGUGAAGAAUGUGCAGGAGUGAUUCUUAAUAAUUUAGGAAUAAUUUAUGAGAGAGAAGAUAAAAAGGAUAUAGCAAUUUCAUUAUUUAAUCAAGCAAUUGAAUAUGCAGAAAAAGCACAUGAUAUAAAAGGAAUUGAAGAUUAUACAAAUAAUUUAAAUAAAUUUAAUUUAGAACACAUAGACAAGAAAUAG